AACAGCACUAUGCCGAAGGGAAAUUUCCCUUAGCGAUCGGAAUACUUUUUUUGGAAGGGAAAUUUUGAGAGAUUUUCAUUUGGAUUGCGAAAGGAGCGACAAAAACGUUUUACACGCUCAGCAACUUUGAAAGAAGAGUGAAGCGACACAAAUGGCACUCAAAGGUAAAGAUUUAGAUGUGUUUGAAGAAAUGUAAUACAUAUUAAGUCUGAUCUUUCUCCUUUCCGCUUGUAUUUCGUGAAAUGCCAAAAUAUCUGGUCUUAAAUCAAGUAAAUAGAGUGCCUCAAUUUUUUGGCGUCGACCACCAUAAUACCGUUCUAGUUAUGAUCUCAACAGUAUAAAGAAACCGGCAGUAGUUGUGGCAAAAAUUGAGAUAACGAUGUUUUAGCCGGCCAUAUUUUGAGUCACCUAUCUUAACGUUUAAGACCAACUAAAUGGCCCAAUUAACAAUUAUUCAUAGAAGUGGAGGAUAAUAGUGGUGGAUAUUUACCGAGCAGAGAAGUGGCGAGGUAAAUAUCGACAAAAGAAGAAGGGAAAAAAAGGUUCGAAGAAAAGGAAACCAUAAGAGUGAUAUGUAUUUUGUUUACCUAACACAGCACUCGAAGGCUCGCUUCUCUACUCUCCGAAACGUUCAUAUCUGGCAGUUGUUGCAAUUGAUUUUGGGACAACCUAUAGUGGAUUUGCAUUUUCAUUCAUCAAAGAUAAAGGAAAGGAUGCCAUCUUCAUGAACAAGGACUGGGCGAAUGAACAAGGUGGCCAAACAAGUAAAACGCCAACAUGCCUGCUACUUAAACCAGAUCUGUCGUUUGACUCGUUUGGUUAUGAAGCAAUAGAGAAGUAUUCCAGUCUUCAAAAUGAAAGCGAAGAGAAGGAGUAUCUAUUUUUCAAACAUUUCAAAAUGGCACUUCAUAGUAACGAGGUUAGUGAUUUAACUUCGUGUCAAACUAUUUCAAUUGCAUAUUUACAUAACGUUAAAGGCGAAAAUUUCCAUGACACCUAAGCUUCUGUGUUUGUGUCUCAGUAAAGUCUUUUAAACUGAUAAAACUUACAAAACUUUGAUAUGGUUAUUAUCAUAGAUUUUUUUCCCAGAGCACCCACUUUUUAAGGACUUUAGACUUACAGUCAAAACCCAGCAUCCAACGUUCUAAGGAAAUCUUUCUACAAAGGUCACCUUUCUGUGAGAAUAUUGAUUUCAACCUCAGUUCAACCUCGGUUCAACACCAACGUUGCAUAGAUAACUUCAAAGUGACAUUUUCUGCUUCUUUUGUGGUACUAUUCAAAUAUUGCCACGCGUUCGAUAGUAAAUAAGCAACUACAUUGCAAAGCUGUUGAGUACGCUGCUGUUCAUGUCACUCGUAAACAUGAACUAGAAUAAACUUUUUUUGGAACCAAACAGAGUUUGAUCCUUAACGUCCGAAAUAAGUCCACCGAAGCAGUUCCUGUGUACCAGGAAAUCGUGACGAGUUUCUGUUUCCACCGUUGAGGGCGCCUACCGAGUUAUUUUCCUCCGUUAUUGUUGCAUUCCCCGCAAAAGUCCAGUUAUGGCGGAAAACAAAUGAUCAUAAAACACCACUCAAUCAAUAACCUUGUUAUUUAUGGAUCGAUAGUUUUUAUUGAUAAUACAUGAUUUAUUAUAAUAAAGUUCGGAUAUAACGCGCGCUGUCAUUGGUUGAAAGAGCGUGCUCUAUGAGAGUAUAGAGCAUAGAGCUGAGCUAAAGCUGUCACGCCAUCUACCAAAUUGUACCAUGUUCGACCUUUUCCGGGACUACUUUUUAGCUUUUUUCCGAUUAUUGAAAGUGAAAUUUCGGAACAAGCGAGCCGGCAAGUAGCAACAGAAGAACCAAACAAAGGUUUGUAAACAUACCAGGCGCCGUAAUUUACGUUAUUAAAACCUGAGCAGAUGCGAAAAACCUCAAAGGAAAAACAAAAUAGACAUUCCGAGAUUUAAAGAUUGAUUGACGCUCAGUUAGAUUGCAAGCUUACGUACGAAAAUAAAAAUCAAACACAGCUAACAUUCAUAUAGUAUAUAAAGUUCAGUGUUCAAAAACAAAACAGAACAAAACAGAAAUGAUGAAAAAUAUAACCAAACUGGCAUAACUUUGAAAAUUCAUUCUAAUCAUGACGGUGUCUGCGCGAAUAUGAUCAUGCUGAAGUCCAUCGCGGCUCGCUCGUCAUGGCGAUCUCCGGUCAUCACAAUAAAGCAAGCCUCAGAAACUACAUCGGCCGCCCUUCGAGUGAAAAAAUAAGAGCUUAUUCUGAUAUCCUUUCAACAAGUGGGGAGAAACACUCGACUACGUCUCGUGUUUUUCCUUAAACUUCUUUCGUGCUCUAGCCGCUUCCUGCGUGCUUUAUAACAGAACAGAGCACAGUCAAGGCUUCUCUAUUUGUUAAUUAGAAUGACCGCCAAACAUGUCGCACAGAUUCAUGCUAUUUUAAAAAAUACCUACACAUGCUUUCCUUGAAUACCUAUACUACCUUUCAGACUUUGAAUAGCAGGACUGUCAUUAAGGCAGCAAAUGGACGAUCCGUCGAAGCCAACACAGUGUUUUCACGUUCCAUUAACUUCCUUAAAGAUGAAGCCAUUAAAGUCAUUCGUCAGAGAACUGGAGAUGAUUAUUUCAGCGCAGAUGACGUCCAGUGGGUUCUGACUGUACCCGCCAUAUGGACUCCGAGAGCAAAGCAAUUUAUGAGGGAGGCGGCCUAUGAGGUAAUCUUCAAUUAUUGUACGCUCUCUUCUUUUAAGUGUGGGGUGUAAAGGUCGUUCAGACCAAAUAAGCCUGCUAUCUGCAUCCUCAUAAUUACUCUAGAAAAUUUCAAUAUAUUAUGUUACUUCACGAAGUUGCAUCAUGAUACUACUGAUCUUACACGAAUUCACUCAAAUUAAUUGUUUAACUUUAGCAUAAAGGGGUCAGCUCCUAAAGAAACUGUAUCGCUGCGUCGGUAGGGGAGUGUAACAAGGUGAUUUGGUUUUAACAACUGAAUUGAAAAUGUACAUUGGCCACGGUAAGGAGUUUCUAAGCUGAAUUUUUUAAUGUUAGCCCUUAGCCAGUCGAUGAAACUAAAUAAUUCUGUAUAACUUUAGGCCGGAGCAAACUGUGGACUAGACUACUAGACCUUUGGACUGUUGGACUAUUUUUUCGGUCUGGUUUUUAGACCAUUUUCUAAUAAAAUAUUUAAAUAAUAAAAAUGUCUUUAUAGCUCAUUAGAUAAAAAUACAUAUCUAAUGUUACAGGAUAAAAAGAUUAAAAGUUCAGCCAAAAGUUACAAUAGAAUAAAAGGAAUAAAAAGAUCAAACUGGAUACAAUAUAUCUGGCAUAAAAUAUCAUAAAUGGUUGUAUUUAAAAACUGAUCUAUUUACAAACGUGUUCUUACAACGUUCAGUGUUUAUCUUAGGCUAUUGGCAGCUUUUACGUCUAAGGUUGUAGGUUAAAUUGUUCUUUUCUUGCGGCAAGCAAACCUUCAGAAGGUGGUUAUCACGCUAUUGAACUAUUUUUAGAAAAGCUUUUUUUUGUUUUUGUAGUAAUGAUCUAAUAUUUAACUGCGUAGAUAUAAAGAGCAACUUACAGCAACUCUUUAAAAAGUGCUGAAGGACAUUAAUUUCCGCAUCGGAGACACCAUAAACAGAUAGUCCGUAGAUUAUGUUAGGGAGAUCAAUGCUAUAGAAGAGAUAAUCAAUUUCUGUCUGGCUGUAGCGGUCUUUUCUUCAUACUCUCAGCACGUGUAGACAUUUGUUGGCCUUGCACAGUUUAGCUUUUAUGUGUGCAAAAAAUUUACAGUCAUUCUGGAAGGUCAGACCUAAUAACUAAAGAGUGGCAUGUUGUGGUAUAUUCUCUACGUCAAGUUCUUUACGCUUGUUAGGGUUACAGCUCAUGGAAUUACAGUUCGCACAAGUCAGAAAUUUCUCCAUUAAACCACUUGACGUGUCACUAGGCCUGUUUUCCCCAUACAAUAAGUUUUUAACUACACGAAUAUCAUCCGACGCCGAAGAGGUUUUGAACAGCUUCUUGUCGGAAGUGGUUAAGACAUUGCAUCCUUUUCCAUGUAGAUAUAUAUCUUUCUUCUCUUGCUUAAAAGGCUGGUGUGGGGAAACCAGGAAAUGCCGAUCAAUUAAUGAUUGCUUUGGAACCAGAAGCGGCAGCAAUUUUCUGCAAGGAGAAAAAUAUGAAUGACUUUCUAGAAGAAUCUGGCAGCAGAUCUUUGGAUGGAGUGCUAUCCCAAAUCAACACACAUUACGUUGUCGUUGAUAUUGGAGGUGAGUUAUGUAUUGAUUUACUCCUUAUCAACUAGAAUACCACAUAGAGGAGGUUGAGCAGAGAGUUUUCAAAGUCACAAUUACAACAACCCAUGACUUCAUCGAUAGGAAGAGCAGCGAAACAAACUACUGGUCUAAAUAUUAGUCCUCACGAGCGGUGAAACCGAGAACUAUGUUGGAGAGAAUGAAAAAUUGAAACCGCUUAAGGAUGAAGGUUUGACCAAUCAGAUCUUCAUAGACCAUGUAAUUACUUCUCUUUGUAUACAUAAGCCAGGCAACAAAUGCUUAGGGUUAUUUAACACUCGAAACAAAUUUUGAUUCGUAGGUUAGUUGAGGGUGUCUUAGAUAUUUCACAUUAAGUAAAACUUGCUGAUUCUUUUGAAAUUAUGGGCUAUUAUUCGACUAAUUGAAACGUUUUUUAUCAUUUUUCACGCAAACAAAAAUUUCUUCAUCCUUUUAAGGACUUAAAAAUUGAAAAUUAUCAACACCUUUUUCUUCAUAAUGUAUAAUAGGUGAACGCUGAGAAUAAACGAAUAGAUCGCGUGUACCAUGGUCAAUGAAUAGCAAAGUGGAAAGAAUAAGAAAACUUUGAAAUUAUAAAGAAUAAAACCAAACUAAAAUUACCGAAUGGUGGUGAUAGAAAUAGUCGUAGUUUUUGUUGUUAUGGUCUUGAGAAUAGAAGUGUGAAGAAAAGAGAGGGAGGUAUAUAUUUAUUUAGGCUGGCAAAUUGAUUCUUGCUUUGUCAUUUUUUAGGAGGAACACUUGAUGUAACAGUGCAUGAGAUUCAAGAUGAUGGUAGAAUUAAAGAGAUCCACAAAGUCACUGGAGGUCCUCAUGGUGGAAUGUACGUAAACCAGCGGUUCGAAAGUCUAUUGGACGAGUUGUUUGGUACCACGACGCUUCAAAGCUAUAGAGAGCAAUUUCCAUCUGAUUGGCUCUGCUUGAUGAGUGAGUUUGAAGCGAAAAAACGAGGAAAACGUAUACUUGACAGCAGCUUGAUGACGAAUAUACGAUUACCAAGAAGCUUUGUAUCGCAAAUCAAACAAAACAAAGGGAUGGGAAUCGACCGUUAUGGAGAGAGAGAAGUCAAGAUAAAAAGUAACGAAUAUCUUUCCUUAGGUCCCGGAAUGAUGAGGAAAUUAUUCACCCCCGUCGUGGACAAUAUCAAGGAACAUUUGAAUACCUUGUUGGGAAAGCCACAGCUCUCAAAAGUACAAACAAUGCUCCUUGUUGGUGGCUUUGCUGAGUCGGUUUUCCUCCAAAGCGAAAUAAAGAAGACGUUUUCCGGAAGGUGUAGAAUCCUCGUCCCCCACCACGCCAGCAUUGCAGUCGCCCAGGGCGCCGUAAUCUUUGGCAAGAAGCCCACCACAAUAACUGAAAGGGUAAUGAGUACUACAUAUGGCAUUCGUUGCAGAAGAAAAUUUAAAUCGGGUGAGCAUCCGGAAGAAAAGAAAUCAGUCAUAGACGGCAUUGUGAUGUGCAAAGAUUUAUUUAGCUGCCUAGUUAAAGAAAAUGACGUUGUAGAACUUGGACAGCGAAUCAAAAAAAUAUAUCACCCUUCGACGCCCAGCUCAACAAGGGCCACCGUUGGCUUCCACGUGACGACUAAUCCAAAUACUCAGUUUACCUCAGAUCCUGGGGUAACUGAGAUUGGGAAAAUUAGCAUCCAGACUCCUGACACCUGGAAAGGCAAAGACAGAGAUAUUGAAGUCAGCUUGUUCUUCGGCGGAACAGAAAUAACCGCCACAGCUUGGGACGAAUCAAGUGGGAAUCACGCAGAGACAACUCUGGACUUUUUUACUCAAUCGUAGACUGCUUAUAUCGAAGAACUAAAGCGUCUCUUUCAGAACCACAAGAAGUUCGUGUAGAGCUGGAUAGUUGUAUUUAACAAAUUGAUAGCUUUCAAAAGUAGAAACCUAGAUUAUUCUUCGAGAAUAUUGUCACAGUAAGAAAAAUUUUUAUUUUACAACCCAAGAACUUUUUUUUUACACACUAUGUCAUUUAUACG